CACUCUUAAGCCAGGCAUUAAGCAUAUGAACUCAAAAUUCUGAUAUUUUUCAAGUAUUUGGGUGCUUUCUUAGAAACAUAAACAUAUACUUAAGAGCGAAUGUUAUUAUCUAAAAAUCACAUCAACCAAAAGUCCAAGUAGUAUUAAUAUUAUUUAUGGCAUUCGUUUAUUCGAGCGAUAUAUUUUUAUAGUUUUGCAUUAGGUACUAUUUAUGUUAGUACCAAUAAAAUAUGUUUGUUUUAUGCGCACUUCUGCAAGUGUCGUUAAGGGCGCAAAAACUUGUGGAAACUAUGUUGUACCUUCAUAGUCAAUGUACUGAAGAAAUACUGAGGGAAGACAAUUAAAAAAGUCUUGUUAAUAUUUUUCACCUCAUUGUGAGAGGAAAACAUUUAAUUCACACUUUCAAAGAAUAUUUAACAAGAGAAAAGAAACCCCGCGCUUUUCACCCUAUUUGGUUCCCACAAAAACUUUUUUGUUAAUUUACAACAAAACCUUAGCAUAACAUAAAAUAAAUCCGCCGUGAGAACCCCGUUAUCCCCGUAUAUAUUAAUAUUGGCAAACGACAAGUUGACAACCUUCCAAAAAAUAUAUAUCUAUGUUUGUUUUCGUUGUCUUCUCGAACGCUACGCAAACAGAACCUGCGUUACUCCAAGGUGGGACAGGGGUUGAAUCGUAUAAAUAAAAAUCCUUAAGAAUGAAUCAAGUUUACUCUUAUUAUAUUUCUUCUCAAACUCUAUAAAUAAUGGCGAGAUAAAAACAAAAGGUCCAACCGUCUGACAACGUAAAUAAUGCGUUAUCAGUACACACGGAAGCCGUCGUAGUGGCACACGCGCCGGCCGAGCGCCCGAUACCGACGAAGACACGAUGAUUUAUUUAAAGCAACGCGAAGAUCUCUUAUCUGCCACCUAGCGUUAUCUUAUUGCGUGUUUCCUAAAUAAUUAAUGCAAUAUAGGGCAUCGAUUGUGAGGUGACGGGCGGGCGCGGGGCGGGCACAGGGGCGCGGGGGUGCGCGCGGCGCACGCACGCGAUUGGCUGUCAAGCCUGCGUGAGUGCGUACCUCCCCGCGUGCGUAUGCCUUCGCCCGCCCGUGUUCAGUCGUCUUCCGAACUCCGCGAGAGACGGACGUGCCGCACCGCUACACAAGUGACGUACGAAAGCCGCGACCGCGCGUCUAUCCGCUCCCUCUCAUCAAUAACCUACACCAAGUUUAAUUUUCAACUGGGACUAAUUCAUCUGUCCAUAUGGUUCAUCUCGUAGAUAUAUUUCGUUCAGCGAAAGUUGAAUAUCCGCCGCCUGUUAUUAUGAACCGGGCAAUACAGGUGAAACCGGCGGACAACGAGAAUAGAGGAGAUCGGAAGCUGUUCGUGGGCAUGCUCAGCAAGCAGCAGACAGAGGAGGAUGUGCGCCAACUGUUCACACCGUUCGGCACAAUAGAAGAGUGUUCGAUACUGCGCGGCCCGGACGGAGCGAGUAAAGGGUGCGCGUUCGUAAAGUUCAGCUCCCAUCAAGAGGCACAGGCAGCCAUCACCAGCCUGCACGGAAGUCAAACUAUGCCGGGAGCGUCUUCUAGCUUAGUGGUGAAAUUCGCUGACACAGAGAAGGAACGACAAUUGCGACGCAUGCAGCAGAUGGCCGGCAACAUGAGUCUGCUCAACCCCUUCGUGUUCAACCAGUUCGGAGCCUACAGCACCUACGCGCAGGUCAUCACGGAACAGAAUGAUUGUUUUCAGCAACAAGCCGCGCUGAUGGUGGCGGCGACGGCGCAGGGCUACAUCAGUCCGAUGACUGCGCUGGCGUCGCACGCCCUCAACGGCAUGGCGAACUCCGUCGUACCACCCUCCUCGGAUAACUUUUCAGGACUGGCGAUAGGCACGGGCGGCGGGCAGCCCCUGAAUGGUGCGCUGCCGUCCCUGCCGUCGCCGACCAUGCCCGGGUUCAACAUGGCCGCGCAGACCGCCAACGGACAGCCCCCACCGCAAGAUGCCGUCUACACCAAUGGCAUACACCAGACCUUCACUGGACCCGUGCCCGUUACAGCUCAAGGCCUGCCCAAUGGCGAGGCAGCGGCGUUGCAGCACGCAGCUUACCCCGGCAUGCAGCCUUUCCCGGGAGUCGCUUACCCAGCGGUAUAUGGGCAGUUUCCGCAGCCCAUCCCUCCGCCGAUGUCGACCAUUGCGCCCGCGCAAAGAGAAGAUUUUCUUAUGUUCCCAGGAUGCUCAAUCUCGGGCCCCGAGGGGUGCAACCUGUUCAUCUACCACCUGCCCCAGGAGUUCGGGGAUGCUGAGCUGAUGCAGAUGUUUCUGCCCUUUGGCAACGUCAUCAGCAGCAAAGUAUUCAUCGACCGUGCCACCAACCAGAGCAAAUGCUUCGGCUUCGUAUCGUUCGACAACCCGACGUCGGCGCAGGCGGCGAUCCAGGCGAUGAACGGCUUCCAGAUCGGCAUGAAGCGGCUCAAGGUCCAGCUCAAGCGGCCCAAGGAUGCCAACCGGCCUUAUUAACCCUAGACGCCGUCCCUGCGCGCUCAUCGCGUGCCAAUGAUGGCGACAGUUACAAUCGGCUCGCCCGCGGUGCGCCUUAUCGCGUAUUAUCAACAAUUCUAAGGAAUUUAAUACACAUUUAUUGUAUAGCAAAUAUCAUUACCUACAUACUUACCUAAAAUAUGCAAGCCCACUCGGCGAGUAUACUAAAUUAGUUAAAGUAAUUUAUUAAAUCAGCGCGUAGGAAUGCUUCAU